AUGGAUACCCCAUUUGAACAGGCGCCCGCCUUGCCCCCGGGUCCCUCACUUCUUGACGAUAACGAAUCCAACAUGCUUGACAACUUCUUCACGACUAUGAAUUCAAAUAGCUUUUCAAAUGACUUUUGGCCUCGCGGUCAACAAGACAAAUCUUCCGGUAUUCACUUCGACUGGACCAGUGAACUGCCCCCAACAUUCGAGGGCUCGACGACAUCGCUGUCUCAACCACCCUUCCAACAGCAGCAGCAGAAUCUCAAACCUGGAUUGAUGUUAGGGAAUGGUCCAGGCUAUGAUGUCUACGCGGCUGCCUCGAUGCUCUACCAAAAUGGCAUGAAUGGGGCUGAAAUCGGCUCUGCGCUGGCGCAGCAAGCCUUCGCUGGUCAGCCCAUCUCAUCCCAAGGCCGCCGCGCCACACAUCCUGUUGGUGUGGCACAUGCAUCUGGCUCAUCACCGACAAGAGCUCAACUUCCAACUGGGUUUCACACUUCCGAGAUGCUCUUCGAUGUCCGAGACCCCAUUCCCGAAGACCAGCACCCGUCUCGCAAAGUGCGAGGUCUGCACUGGGGCUCUGACAACAGCUUCAUGGACCAGGGUUACAUCGCCCCGCCCGACCAACCCGACAUGGAAACUCGCACGCGAGACCUUUUAGAACAUCUGGACUGUUUCGAGCCUCAGGCCAGCGCGGCCAACACUCGCCCAACGACCCCAGAGCGAUUGGUUACCGCCCACGCUCAACGAGCCGCCCUCCGCAACGCCGAACAAGAAGAUCUAUCCCAACCACGCAAACGACAACGUAUCAUCAAAGACGGCGAAAUCCUCUCCGACGAAGAAGACGCUAGACUGGUUCGAAAGUCCAGGACCCCGAGCAAUGCCAAGGCGCGGCGUGCCUCUACUGCAACAAACUCCUCGAGCAAGGCGCGACUUACACCCAACAGCAAGAACGCCCGCGAGAAUCUUUCGGAAGAGCAGAAAAGAACCAACCACAUUCUCUCGGAGCAGAAGCGACGUAACCUCAUCCGUCAAGGCUUCGAUGAUCUAUGCAUUCUCGUCCCUGGACUCCGAGGUGGCGGGUUCAGCAAGAGUGCCAUGCUGACUCAAGCCGCUGAUUGGCUUGAGGAACUCUUACGCGGCAACGAUAUCCUGCAAAGGCAAAUAGUAGAGAUGAAGGGCAUUAAUGGUCUGGUUAUGCCACGAUAA